AUGUGGCAUGUGCCGAACGAACUACACGACAUUUCGCUGCGCUUCGUGCGCCAUUUGAUGCACUUUUUCAUACUCACGCCACCAAGGAACUAUUUGUACUUAAAGAUACUCUACAAUAUUGUGUUGUUUGUCUACCUCACCAUCAUCUGCUGCUGGCGCUUCUUUGUGUCCUACAGUGUGGUCUACGAUGUGCGACACGAUCAUCUCUCCCGCUUUCUGGACUUUGCCAACUUUGUUGCUUUGAUCGCUGGACACAUACUUGUGGCUCUGGAUUUAAUUUGGAGAAAUUGCAGUGAGCACAUUAAGCAGCAAUUUCAACAGAUUCGAUAUGAACUGCGACACCAAUUUGGACAUAAAGUGAAUUUGCAACGCAUCAAAAACUAUUGCAAACUAAUCAAUAGAUUAAUAAUUAUACGAAUUAUGCUGCUGCUGGCAACUUCAAUUUACAAUUGUGUUGUGGACAAAAAUCCCUCGGUUCCACUCAUCUGCAACUUUUACUCUGAGGUAAUUUUUACACUCCGCUGUGGCGAAUUUACUUUACAUUCAACAUUGGUCUUGGCCUUCUACAAGGAAUUGGUUGAGGCGGGCAAAGAAUUUGCUCAAAAGCUGAAUAUUGAGUGGAAGAAAACGUCAACUGAUCAUGAAUUGUUUAUUAAACAACUUUCGCGACUGCAACACAUGCAUCAAUCCCUGUGGCAGAUACAACGCGACAUCGAAUGCAACUUUGAGCGAAGCCUCACUGUAGUUAUGCUCAAGUAUUUUGUGGACUCUUCUGUGAUGCCUUAUUGGGUGUACCUCAAUAUAUUUCACAACAAAGAUUAUAUUGGAUUGCAAUUGUAUGGCGUUGCUGAGGAGCUAGGAAAACUGUUGGAGAUCUGCGUUCCCUGCUGGAUUUAUACACGUUGUGAUCAGCUGCAACUGCAUUUUCGUUCCCUAUUUCAUGGCAUCUUUGCCAAUCGUUUUCAUGAGAAACUAAACUCUGGUCUGCUGAGCAUAUCAACUCAAUUGGGUCAAGAACGAAGUCAGUUUAGCAUUGGCGGCUUCUUCAUGCUCAACAACAAAAUGCUGGGCAAGUUCAUUUUUGCCGUCGUAAGCUACUUCAUAAUUUUUCUGCAGUUUCGCUUGGCUAUGAACAAAAAGGAAGAAGCAGUCAUGGAACACAUUUUCAACUCUUCAAUAAUCUACUCUGAAUAA